UAGCACAGUUGGUUCCCUUCAAGUAUCCUCUUUGAAGGAGCAUUUCGUGUGCCGCACCCGCCAUGAAAGUUUCGCCGCGCGACUGUGCGCAGUUGGUGCGGGACAGAGCUGGAGUUAUCCACCUGUAUACUUUUAUGUUGCGACAUCAACGACGGCAGCUGACGAUGUUGACCUCAUGUCGACUCCGCACUGUAUCUGCUGGCGGCUGCUAUCGUAUCGGAAGAUGCACUGGCGACGAACAUAGGACCACUUUCCAAUACGCCUCGGCAUACCCUGUCUCCCUUACCCCGUUGCAUACUCGUUUGCGGUUCCGAAUGCGCUCCUGGCAGGUGGUGUGUGCGCGCGCUUAUCAAAAAGUGUAGGCACUGGAUAAACUUAACACUCGUAUCGCCUUAACGGCCCACUCAUUCGUUCAGCUAUGCGCUUUGCUUCCGAUUGUGGCAACGCUAUGGCUGACAAAGCAAAGCAAGCACCCAAGCCGUGGAAAAGUUUCGAUGUGCACUUACUAUCUUUUGUAUGCUUGGAUCGUGCUGGAAAAUACCCAGUCUGGAAGGGACGCGUGUCCCCGUCUUACCAGCGAGCGACAUUGCUAACCGAUCUGUAGGGCACACCUUAUUGUCUAGCAUUGCAGUACGAGCUACAAAAUGGUGAGUUUUGCAGGUCUGUAAGGUUCGCUUGAUUCGUAGAAGAGCCGCUGAUGAGCACUUUUAGCAUGCAUCUACCGAAGGCGUGAAAGUGUCAUACGUGACAGCUCGCGAAUUUCAACCGACAUUAAUCGUUUUCGGCAACAGUUAGUGCCCCAUAAGUACUUUUAUGUGCCGAUUGCAACGCCUGUCGCAACAGCUUCCUCACUUUCCGUUUCUGUUAGAUCACUGUACAUACGUGCCUAGCCAGCGGCUAAAGCGAUCAUUUAUUUUUGUUUGUGCGCGCCUGCCAGUUGUCGGCGCAGGCGCAACGGUGCCCGAAGCCGAUGUCUGUGACUCACGCGUCUCGAGUCGCGUACACGCUGUCAUAUCGCGUAACGCACAAAGAAAAAGAAAAUAAAACCCAGCGCGCUAUUGAGAAGCACGCCACGACCAAGAAGAAGCCGCGUUGGCGACGCGCGUGCCAGUUCCAGCCGUUAACGGUGGAGAGGGGGAUUAGGAGAGAGGAGAUUGCCGCGGUACCACGUGACGUGGUUUCUACAUAACGACCCAGCGGGCGGCUGGACGGCGGCGUUGCGCGACUCGGAACCGCAUUCGCGUGCUUCUGAUCGUGUUGUCAUGGAGGUGAACGGAGACGUCGAUCGGGAGGAACUAACCGUCAGUGAAGUUUUCCUGAAGCUGAGUGAUGUUAGCCGCAAGUCGUCUGGGACACCCCAUGGCCGCUCAGAUGGGGAUAAAGAAAGUGAAACAAGUCCACUCUGUCCAGAUCGACAGAGUGAUGUGGAAGGAGCUUCCGCGACAUCGCUCACAGAGCAUGAACCAACCACAAACUGCCAAACAAUGAUGCACCUGCUCAAGGGGAACAUUGGUACGGGUGUACUGGCCAUGCCUAGUGCCUUGGCGAAUGCAGGAAUCCUUGUCGGCUCUAUCGGCAUUGUUUUAGUGGGAAUUAUUUGUAUCCACUGCAUGCACAUAUUGGUGAAAUGCAACCACAUACUGUCCAAAAAGGUUGGGUGUAGAACAUUAGACUUCGCUGGUGUGGCCCACUACUCCUUAAGGUUUGGACCACGCUGCCUACGACGGUUUGCCAAUGGUGCGAGAGCAACUGUGAACUGUUUUCUCCUGCUGACCCAGUUUGGAUUUUGCUGUGUCUACUUUGUCUUUGUUGCUACUAGUCUAAAAGAGGUGCUUCAUGGUCAAGGCAUUGAGCUGAGCGUGUAUGUCUACCUGGCCAUCCUGCUGCCUGUCAUGAUUCUCUACAACUUCAUUCGAAGCCUGCGAAUGCUGUCUGUGGCAUCCACAAUUGCUAACCUGCUGCAGAUUGCAGGGAUGGUGCUUAUCUUCUACAAUCUGUUCCAAGACAUGCCGAGCAUCAGCGAGCGGCCCUUGCACCUGGGCGUGAGCCGCCUGCCCCUGUACUUUGGCACCGUCAUCUAUGCCUUUGAGGGCAUAGGCAUUGUGCUGCCUUUGGAAAACGAAAUGAAAAGCCCUCAGGACUUCGGAGGUGUGUCUGGUGUUUUGAACACAGGCAUGGUCAUCGUGGUGUGCUUGUACACAGCUAUUGGCUUCUUUGGUUACCUAAAGUAUGGCGAACACGUUGCAGGAAGCAUCACCCUCAAUUUCCCGCCUACACCGUUGAACGAAGUGAUCCGGCUCAUAUUUGCAGUCUCCAUCUUUCUCUCAUACGCUCUGCAAUUGUACGUGCCCGUCCAGAUCAUCUGGCCUUCCAUAGUGAGGCGCUUUUCCCUUGACCAAGGAAAGCAUUCACCACGAGCCGUGAUGGUCUUCGAAUUCCUGCUGCGCACUGCUCUGGUUACCAUGACCUUCGUGCUGGCCGUUGCAGUGCCCAGGCUAGAUCUCUUCAUCCCACUGGUUGGAGCGUUGGCAAGCAGCAGCCUGGCACUCAUCUUGCCUCCCUUAUUCGAGCUCUUCACAAUGUGGGAGGGUGACCAGGGUAAACUAAUGUGGAGCUGGCUAUGGGUCAAGAACGUCUUCAUCUGUGUACUCGGAGUGCUGGGAUUUGUGACUGGGACAUUUGUUACAAUCACAGAAAUUAUUAACACCUUUUCAAGUCCACCCAGCAGCCCAGCGUGAUUACAUAGUGCUCUUGCUGUGAAUACGCUUUGUUCCCGUGCAUGGCAUGGGGAUGUAGGAGGAUUUGUUAUGUGGUAUCCUAUUUGGCCAUGGUAGAAGUUUGUGCUCAACUAGAAGUAUUGAAAUGGGGUGCAGCUGUUACUUUUUCUGUAUGGAAUUUCGAAAAAAGCUUUGCAUGCUUAACCAGAAAUCUGUUCCAGCUCAGGCUGGCUGUCUAAGCUGUGUAUGUACUCAUAUAAGUGUGCCUUAUUGUACUGCAGAGGCAUUUUUCAAGUGCAAAUUAUGGGGAUAGGCACUAGUCUGAAGACUCAGCACAACCAGACAUGCAGAUACGUAUACAGCAGUUGGAGAAAGCAUAUUGGUAAGGCUUCAACUAAACCAAGUUUGUCAUGAAAAGCUUUUUUGAACUUUAGACAUGCAAGUGGAUUGGUGUUGACAAUGUACUUCUAAACAGUUACAAGAACCGUUAACGCAUGUGAAAGGUGUCAAAUCCAUUUCUCUGGGGAAGGUUGCAUGUGUGUCGUGGUGUCUGGCUGACUUCGAUAUUUGGGGCUCAAAAUCAGUGAACACUAAUGCUGGUGAUUCAAUCCUGUGUUGAUAGAGCCAUUAACAUUGAGUUAAGCCUUGGCACUGCUUGAAUUAAGAGCAUAAUGAAAUUAGUGUGCUUACGUUGUUAUGUGCAAACAUUCUGCUAGAAUUUCUCUGCUAAGCAUGUAAUGAAUGCAACAGAACUCUGCAUGUUUUUACCAGCAUUAGAAUUGAAGUUUCUGGAUAGCAACAUCUUACUAUAACCACUCUCUGAACUAGCAACGUCUAGCAGAAAGGACACUCUUUUGAGUGUGCUCACAAAGGACUGGCAUUUGAUCUAGACAUGGGGAUAGAGGGGACUACCUGUAGGUGGCAGUGGGAUGUAUUUAUUGAGCCCUGGGAGGAGCUUGCUUACUUGCGAUGUGCUUGCGAUUUUUAAAACUCAUGCUACCUUAGGCCAUGUUCAUCAUUCUCAUUUCUUAAGCAGUUACCUGAUCAAAUAAUGAGCCUGCCUUUUCAGGGGCUGCAGAAAGUGCUGAGAAUUAGCAGUAAUUGCGCACUUGUUCAUGUGUUAUCUAUCUAAAGCAGUUAUCGUAACCAAAUGAUGCUCCUGCUUACAGUGCCGAUAUGAGCCGAGCUUACCAUUUGGCAACAGUUGUCAUUCAUGCUGAGAUUCUCAUCCUGCAUCACCAAAGUCCUCUGCCGAAGAGUUUGAUGUGUGUAUAGGGCUUCCAGUCUCAUUCCAUUAAUCUGCGUACUUUUCGUUUGAUUCGUUUCAAGCCAAGUCCCUCAGCCUAGCAACCUGUGACUUCCAUUGAAUCUUACAAUGCGAUAACUAGGCUGCUUGGCAACCAUUUCAUCAUGUGGGCCUUUCUAAACAAUAUAGAGGUUGCAUAGAUGCAUGCAUUUCACCUCACAGUUUUUAAUUGUGUGCACUGGUCACUCACUUCAUGUGCCGCGCCACUAAGGCCAUCGAGCAAUGCACCUCUGUUAUUGAGGUGCUUAAUAUCGACAUUUUGGCGUGUGCUUCGUGAUUAUUCAAGAGAUUUUCAUGCAUCUUUAACAUGGCAUUAUAGCGAAUUGUGCGAGCAUUUUUCUCAUGUCUUGUACAGCCUAUUGUUUCACAUCGUAUGUGUGCCUUCUUGGUUGGUUUCUUGCUGUUUCUCAUACGGCUUCAUGUCUUUGUGCUCAAGCUGCCACUUGCUGUGUGGUAUCAUACCGCCGCUUUAAGGUGUACUCUGUUUUUCAGAGAUAUGAUGUUGAGAGUGCUUGCUUCCUCCGGGCCUUUACGUUGUUCUAGUCUGGUAAUUUCAGCUGCUUCUAGAAAAAUAUGCUUCCAUGAACGUUUUGUGUGUUACCAUGUAUGUAUAAAUAAGGGUUUGCCUCCAACACAACCUGCAAGUGCCUUCAGUGAGCGAACCUUUAUAUAUUUUAUCAGUGCAUUGUCGCACUGUGCGAAUGUGCGAGUCUGUGAUAAUUUGUAGACUUUUUUUUUUUUUUAAUGAGAACUGAAACCCACGUGCCUUACAUUCAUGGCUGCACUCCUGGGACGAAACAGUCGCCGUCAACAGCUUCGACAACUGGAAUCUUUAAAUCAUGGUCUUCCAUUUCAUGUCAUGUCCAAAUAAUUAAUUUCCCAAAGCAGUUGUGGUGAAAGUGCCUGAUCAGAGAUGGUAAUUGCAGUUUGGUGUUAAAGUGCUUAACUCUAUGCCUUAACACAUGUCUCUUUCUGGAUUGAUAAAACUGUACAAGACUAGCAGGCACCCUUUACAUGAGUAAGUAUUUCUUGGAACAUGAGAUGCUUUGUCAGUAACUUUAAUCUUGACUCUGAAUCAGUAUUGGCUGUCCUGUGUAGCUUGGCUGAUUUGUAGUUGUAUCAAAUGAGGCAUGAAUUGUUGAACGUGAUCAGUCUCUUCUCUCAGACGCUGAUAUAACAAGCAGCAUUGUUAGAAGUCCUUUUGCUGUCCCUUUAAUAAGUGCGGCUCUUUUGUCAUAUGGGGACCAUUUUUUGCCCUUUUUAUGGUGAAGCUUGAAUACACGUUUAGAUUUAUAUGUAUAUACGUUGUUAUGCACUCUUGUAUAUAUACAAAUGCAUGUAUUAUACACCGACGUUGUGUCAUUUAUAGUAAUAUUAAAAUAUAAGUAAAUGUAAACAUUACAUAUUGAAUUGAUUGCUUCAUUUACUGGGGAAGGAAAUGCAUUGCCUUAUAUUAAGAAAAUGUGACGUAUUUUUUAUGACAAUAUGAUCGAUGAGAUAUUGACUGGUGUGCUGAGCAGUUAUCUAACUUGUGUGCAAACAAGUGUAAUGAAGCUGACUUUAGGCUCACUGUUGGCAAAGAGGUUUACAGAGUAGAAAUUUACACGAAACAAUUGACCUUUUCUAUACAUUGUUGCUCUCUUUCUUUCCUCUUUGACUUCUGAAUCACUCUGUAAAUAAAGAAAAUUUGUUGGCAUUA